GGCGGGGCUUUCCCCAGGCUCAACUAGAGAGUUUGGAAUAGUGCAUGGAGCCAAACUAAAGACACUCGCAUCCUUCCAGCAGAAAUCUGUGGAUAAAAAUCCGCGUACGUUUCCCUCUGCAUUUGCUUUGGAGUUCACCCGCUGUGACCCGGCCGGAGACUGGAUAUAUGUUGUGGGAUGGUACAAUGGGGUGCGAGAGAAAAUCAAAGUUUGGUUUGUGAUGCAAAGGUGAACAGGGACUUGUCUCGGCUUUCAUUAUGGAUGUUAUUUCUGUAUGAAGAAGUGCAGGGAUCCCCAGUGGAUUCAACAAGCUGUUCAAUACGGAUAAACCUCAGCAAAGCUCGCGCUCUUUUUAUUCACUAUGAAGUCUCAGUGUCGUUUUGUUACGCUUCUAAGACACUGCACAGUUUUUGGGAAACGUUGAGGAAUGUGUGCGACUGACGCGCUGCAUGUGAGAGAAGGCCAUCUGAUCUGCAGGCUUCGUGUACAAGUGAUCUGAUGAUGGUGAAACUCCGCUAAAGUCAAAGCGCGUGUGUGGUGUGUGCGUGUGUGAUUAUACAUAGAUAUAGAUACAGAUAUAGAUAUAUUUUUGCUAUUGGUUCCCUGAAGCGCGACCCAAACACUGGCGGGGUGCCGAGCACCGUGCAGCUCUGAAAAUAAUGAAAGAGAAGUCGAAAAAUGCGGCCCGGACUCGGAGGGAGAAGGAGAACAGUGAGUUUUAUGAGCUGGCUAAGCUUCUGCCGCUGCCCUCCGCCAUCACAUCUCAGCUCGAUAAAGCGUCCAUCAUCCGCCUGACCACCAGCUACCUGAAAAUGAGACUGGUGUUUCCUGAAGGUUUGGGGGAAUCCUGGGGCCACGUGAGCAGAGCCAGUUCUCUGGACAAUGUGGGCCGUGAGCUCGGAUCACAUUUACUACAGACUUUGGACGGGUUUAUUUUUGUAGUCGCCCCGGAUGGGAAGAUCAUGUACAUUUCUGAGACUGCUUCUGUACAUUUAGGCCUGUCCCAGGUAGAGCUGACGGGGAACAGUAUUUAUGAGUACAUCCACCCUGCUGAUCAUGAUGAGAUGACCGCAGUGCUCACAGCGCACCAGCCUUACCAUUCUCACUUCGUCCAGGAGUAUGAGAUGGAGCGCUCUUUCUUUUUGAGAAUGAAAUGCGUCCUGGCCAAAAGAAACGCAGGAUUGACGUGCGGCGGCUAUAAGGUGAUUCAUUGCAGCGGCUACCUAAAAAUCCGGCAGUACAGUUUAGACAUGUCACUGUUUGACGGCUGCUAUCAGAACGUUGGUCUGGUUGCCGUGGGUCACUCACUGCCUCCAAGUGCAGUGACGGAAAUCAAGCUCCACAGCAACAUGUUCAUGUUCAGAGCCAGCCUGGACAUGAAGCUCAUCUUCCUUGACUCCAGGGUGGCAGAGCUUACUGGCUAUGAGCCACAGGAUUUAAUAGAGAAGACUCUUUACCAUCACGUCCACAGCUGUGACACCUUUCACCUACGCUGUGCACACCACUUGUUGUUGGUGAAGGGUCAGGUCACUACAAAGUACUACAGGUUUUUGGCUAAGGAAGGCGGCUGGGUGUGGGUGCAGAGCUAUGCAACCAUUGUGCACAACAGCAGAUCCUCCAGACCUCACUGUAUUGUCAGUGUGAACUAUGUCCUCACGGAAACUGAGUAUAAAGGCCUACAGCUGUCCUUAGACCAAGCGGCAUCCAACAAACCAUCUUUCACCUACAGUAGCCCAUCCAACCCGGUCAGUGACAACAGGAAGGCGAGUAAAAGCAGGGUGUCUCGUACCAAACCCAAAACACGCCUCUCUCCAUACCCACACUACACAGGAUUCCACACUGAGCGCUCUGAAUCUGAUCAGGACAGCAGCCCAUGGGGUGGGAGUCCUCUGACUGAUUCUGCCUCCCCACAGCUAUUAGAUCAAAGUGAAAGCAUGGAUGCAUCGUGUGUGUACCGCCAGUUCCCAGAGCCCCGCCCUCUGUGCUACAGCCUGCCUCUGUCUGAGGAGCAUCACACAUCCAGUGAUCAUCAAGGUCACAGUCAUUCUCAAGCCUGUGAGCGUGGCCGCUGUGAAGCUGGCAGGUACUUCCUGGGUACUCCACAGACUGGGCGUGAGGCGUGGUGGGGCGCCGCCCGCUCUCUCCUGCCUCUACCCAAAUCCCCACCUGAGAAUGGAGAUGGGUAUGAGUGUGCGAUGCCCCACAUCACCUCCAUCCACAGCCUACAUGUGAGAGGCCACUGGGAUGAGGACAGCACGGUCAGCUCUCCUGAUGCUGGCUCAGCCAGUGACUCAGGUGACCGAUACCGAAUUGAGCACUUUCGCUCUAGCCCACAGGAGCCCAGUAAGAUUGAGACACUGAUUCGGGCCACACAGCAGAUGAUAAAAGAGGAGGAAAACAGGCUGCAGCUGAGGAAGAGUGGUACUGAACGAAAUCUAGGGCCUGCUAAUGGUCUAGGUAAAAGCACCAGCUCCUGCUUCAGUAAUGAGUUUGCCCAGACAGCGCUGCAGGGUGUUGUGUGUCGGGGUUCAGCUCAGGUGAUCAGCCCCGCCCCCAGCCCCACCCCUCUGUCUCGUCUCAGCAGCCCCAACUCUGAACAGUUGGCCAAAGCCAAAGACUUCCUGCAAACUGAGCUUUCAUCGCCACAACAGCAGCAACAACAGCAACAGCUGGGGCUUGCAGGCUCCUGCGCCGUCUCUCCCACUCCUGCACUCUACCCCUCUCAUCCACGCCAGUAUCUGGACAAACACACUGCCUACUCACUCAGCGGCUACACACUGGAGCACCUCUAUGAGGCAGACAGCUUCAGAGGAUACGCGCUAGGGUGUGCAAGCUCCUCCCACUACGACAUGACCUCUCACCUGCGCAUGCAGGCUGAGCAAACCACCAGCCAUAAAGGGACCUCCGUCAUCAUCUCCAAUGGCAGCUGACGCUCAGACCCUGACUCUGUCUCUGAAAAGGGACAAAACACCCAAUAAUUCUGUAGUUUCCUGUUCUGAGAUUGGUUAUGUUUAUAUUUGCAUUGCUUAGAAGGAUUCUGUAUUAAGGUAACUACAUUCAUGCAUUUAAAAUACCGAUGAAUCAGAUGAAUGAUAUUUAAAAAAAAAGCAUUUUACAAGAGUAAGUGUUUAAGGAGUUUUAUGUCACAAAUUAAACUACAGUUUGGAAAAGGAAGUGACUGGUCAAGGAAAAAGACUAAUAUUAUAAACAGUUAUGACCCAAUGAGGAAAAAGACAAAAAUCCUAGUUACUGAUGAAUACAAGUUGUGAUUAUCUCCAUAAAAAAUGGGUUUUUUAUUUGCAAUCAGUAUUUUUCAUGUUUUUUUAAUUAUAUUUUUUAAGUUAUACAAUGGUUUGAAUGAUCUAAUUGUCUAUCAUUUUCUGAUGAUUUGAGUGACACAAGUUACUUUUGACCUUUUACAUUUUGCUCUUGCUCCCAUUUAACGUCCCAUUCAUUGUUUUUCACAAGCAAAUGAAUUAGUGUUUUUAAUACAAGCCACCUUCCAUAUAUGCUGAAAAAAAUUAGAAAUUACAUAUAUUGUACAGACAAAUAUCUGACACAUCGUAUCCAAGUCUAACAGUAAUCAGACCUUUGAGUAAAGGGUUAAAGUAAUGAAUUGUUUUUUUUUUUAUUAAUGGUUUCUGCCACAGGUUUGAUAUAUUAGCUACCAUAAUGUGACAUAAAGUUAUACAAGACCGCAACAUUUGUAAAACUUUUUCAAGAAAUAUAUACCAUUUUGUUUAAAUCCUGAAUUAAAAAUCAAUGUUUCGA